GUCAUUACAAUUGUUCUUCACGUUAAUGCAAGUGCUACAUGCCACACUUUACUUUGGAAUUGAUAUCGUUUCAUCUUUUCCAUAAGAUCACUGAAUGGAAAUUUGCAAAGCUCUUGACCCACACCAGGAGCAUCAUUCCGGAAUCUCUAAGGGCAAACUCGAAAAAUGAACUCUCUCCUCAUUGGCUGUCCAGCGGAGCGGGGCGAGGCGGGGCGGUCUGGAGGCUGGUAGCCCCUCAGUGGACCCUCAGGCCAGUUGGGGGCGCCCCCACACAGCGCCUGGCCUCAGAAGUGGUGGGGGUGGAGUCUGUGGCACCUCGGGGCACUGUGAUUGGCUGGGGCCGGGUGAGGGCGGGAAGACCUUGACAGCGCUGAUGCCUCCGAUUGGCGGCCAGCCGCUAGGCCGCUGGCGCACUGGCCUUUGAUUGGCUGGAGUGCGGGGCGCUCGGCUCCGAUUGGCUGUCUCCUCUGCCCCCCGCAGCGCGGCGCGUGGCAGCCUGCUGUAGGGAUCUGGCAUCAGCUGGUUGCGAGCGUUCGGUCCUGGCGCAGCGGCAGCGGCCAAACUGGCGGCCCGACUACCCCGCUCUCACUCGCACCCGCGCCUGGCCCGCUCCGGCGUCCACCCGCGGUUGGGCCGGGCCCGCGCGUCGCUGUUGCGGACGCCACCGCCCGCUCCGUCCCUGCCGCACCCGCCGCUGCCCGGACUGCCGCCCGGCCUGAGCACCGCGCCGCCGCCGCCUUCGGCGCUCGCCCUGGCCGAGCUGCCACCGCUGCCCCCGCUCCCGCGGCGGCCAGAUCCGCUGGCGCCCUGGGGCCCCGGCGCCCACUUGGCGCUUCCUGAGCUGCCGCCCGAAGCCUGCGCACCCGCGCCGCCUGCUGCCGCUCUUGCCCUUCAGGAUCUGCCGCGCCUCCCCGCGCCCGCGCCGCCGCCCGCGCACCUGCCCCUGCCGCCGCUACCCGAAGCCGCGGUCGCCGCCACGCCGGGGCCCGUGAGCGCGCGCGGCCGCCCGCCCCUCAUAGCCGAGCCCCCCCUGCAGCCGCUGCCGCCGCUGCCCGCGCGACCCUCACCCUUCAACCUGCUGGCGCCGCCCGCGCCCCGCGACGCCUGGCCGCGGCCUGUCUUCCCGCCGCCGCCGCCGCCGCCGCAGUUCUUCCUGUCGCCUCCGUGCUGAUCGCCGGGUCCUGCCCUAGGUCGCCGCCCGGGAGGAUCUGCGGGCGGGUUUGGUGAUGCCAUCGCCAAGGCCCUCCUCUGCUUAAGUUUGUGUGGUUUCCUGGAAACUCAGAAGCUGCCUUCCAAGUCACGAAGUCAAGCUUUCAGGUGAAAUCGAUCUUGGGGUCCCCUGGGCCUGGGUGCACCCGGAAAGCAGUGGUGUUGAUGGACAAUCGAUACUGGGCCCCUGACCAGGAGUGUCACAUGCAAGGGCUGGGAAGUCCUCCCCCAGCGGACAGGAAAGCUCCCAGGCAGCCUGUUUGGAAUCACCCAGGUCUGAGUCCCUCUCCUGUCCUACCUAACGCUCUGGCUGCUUCCCCUCUGAGCUAAGAAUCAGUAAACGAGCCCAACGUGCCGGGCUGGACGGGCUGGACGGAACGUGUUCCUGGGAAGACGGCCCCCUCGGAAGGUGGGAUGGAUGGCUAACUGCCGCUGGUUGAAGGCUGAUAGUUGCCACUGAUAAUAAAGUUAAUUGUUACCCUGUCCCUGGAGUCUCCCGGGCUUACAGAUGGAACUGCCAUUAUGUUCUUGACAAGAUCGGCUUGUCCCAAAUCAGUACCCACGAUAAGCCCCAGGGCGGGCAGGGCACAUGUGGCCUGGCAGAUGCCUUCGGCCACCCUGGAGAUAGGCAGGUCGGAGGUGGGCAGUUGUGACCGGCCCAGCCAGGCCCUGGGGUGACAUUGACACCAGGUCUGACCAGAGCCCAGGGAUCUGCAAGCAGACAUGGUGCCGGGACACAGGCGGCGUCCGCCACGGUGAAAGGGAGGCCCUGGUGGGCCAGGCUUCCCGUGUAAUCAGAUCCAGAUGCCCUUCUCCGCCUAGACGAGCCUUCCCGGAGGAGGAGGGCCUCUGGAGGAAGGGGGCGCGAUGCAGGGUCUCUUCUGGGGCACGCCCCCUUUUACAAAUCUGAUGAAAAGAUAAACCUGUCUUCCAAAAAAGAUGCUGAACCCCAUUCCCGGAAACAGCGCACCCACUUGCAGCUAGAAUCCUUUAUAAAUCAAGCCCCCUGGACAGGUGAGGAGGCACCUGGCACCCCCACCCCUGGGCUGGAGAGACUGCAGGGACCAGGUGUGCACCCCCCUACACUGGCCGGGUGAGCUCGGGCUUCCUCGGAGGGCCAGGCCAGGUGGAGGUGAGGGGCUCUCCCCAUGAGGCCUCCCACACACCCUGGAGGGUGGAGCCCCCACUCCUAUUCACACGGUAAUGCUCAGUUCUUAGCACCUAGGAAGGGGCUUGAAGGAGCUUGUGACCCUCCCCCUCCCCAAAAUGAGGGGCUUCCUUGGUUGGGCCCCAUGAUGUUUCUCAAAGGAAUCUUUGACCCAAGGAGGCCAAGGAGCUUGACCUUCCAUGAUCUGGCCCUGGGGAAAGGGCAGAAGUUGAGCCAGGGUCUGUGACUCCCAGGCUGCGCCCCCACGAGGGGAGUCUUCACGCGGGCCUCAUCCCCUGUCCCCUGUGGUGUCUCACUCCUCGAGGGGUCCUGGGGCUGUGCGCCCACCUAGGGCUGGUGCCUCUGUUACUCUCCCCUUGCACCCCCGCACCCCCCAGGCUCCUGUGCUCUGCUCCCCUCCCCCACCUCCGCAGCAUCCCUGGGCCCCCAGACGCCUGCAGCAGCUCCGCUCAGCCCCCGGUUUCAGCAGUGGGGCUGGGGAAGGCACACCUGAGCUGAAGUAGAAGGGGGGGGUGGCUUUCUAGGCCGUUGCCUGGGCGAUGCCACCUGAGCUGGGCGCCAGGCACCUGUCGCCAGGGAACAGUGCGGUUGGGGCCCCUCCCUCGGGAGCCACCAGGGCCACUGAACUGAGACGGGAGACAGAUCGGAUUCCGGGGAGAGUCCUGGGCUGGAGGGCCGGGGGAUGGGGUGGGGUGUGCAGUACUGGGGGCAAUGGGUGCAUUUGCAUCAUGAAACAAAAUGGGGUGGGGAGAGUAAAGUGGGGGUGGCUGGAGUUUGGGGGCAGGGGCAGGCGCCCUCCUGCUUCUCCAUCCUGCGCCGUCACUUUAUCACCCCUCCAUUCCUCACCCCCAGCCCGUCCUCGGUCCCUGCGUCCCCACAGGCGUGGAUGUCCUCUUCUGGCCACUAUCCCCCCUUCCCCCUCACAUUGACCCUGUGCCCCCCCACCCCCGUCCCACCCCCGGGCCCGCCUCCUCCCGUAACUGGCUUCCCCAUCGUGGCCUCGCAGCUCCUCCCCCGCCUCGGCCUUAAAACCCCGCCUGCAGCCCCGAGCCGGCAGCGUCCCCAGGGGGCACCCACCCGGCGAGCCGCUCCGCCGUUGCUGCGCCAGCUGUGUCUCCUCAGCCUGAAAGUGGGUCGGGAGGGUCUGGGCCCGCGUGGUCAGAUCGGCAGUGGCAGCGGCGGCUGGGACCUGACUGAGGCAGCAGCGGUGGCCACGGGGAUCUGGCCUCGAGGGGACACCAGCCAUUCAGCGGAGCAGGACUCGAGAUUGAUUUUCUUGCCGAGGGUCGAGACACAUCUGCGAGGGGUGCGGAGCGAGGCGUGAGGACUCUUGGUCAGAGGACGCUGGCUCCCGCUCCUGCUGGGCACCGAGACCCCCGCCCAGCACAUCUGACCCGCUUCUCAGGAUCCACCAGGCCUCCCAGAGCUGGGAGGAUCUAGCCGAGGCGGCCCAUGGCUUCAGCUGGCCUUGAGCUCCUGGGCAUGAGCCUGGCUGUGCUGGGCUGGCUGGGGACCCUGGUGUGCUGCGCCCUGCCCCUGUGGAAGGUGACCGCCUUCAUCGGCAACAGCAUCGUGGUGGCCCAGGUGGUCUGGGAGGGGCUGUGGAUGUCCUGCGUGGUGCAGAGCACAGGCCAGAUGCAGUGCAAGGUGUACGACUCGCUGCUGGCACUGCCCCAGGACCUGCAGGCGGCCCGCGCCCUCUGCGUCGUCGCCCUCCUGCUGGCCCUGCUCGGCCUGCUGGUGGCCAUCACGGGCGCCCAGUGCACCACCUGCGUGGAGGACGAAGGCGCCAAGGCCCGCAUUGUGCUCACGGCGGGGGUGGUCCUCCUCCUGUCGGGCAUCUUGGUGCUGAUCCCCGUGUGCUGGACGGCGCACGCCAUCAUCCAGGACUUCUACAACCCCCUGGUGGCCGAGGCCCUCAAGCGGGAGCUGGGAGCCUCCCUCUACCUCGGCUGGGCGGCGUCUGCCCUGCUCAUGCUGGGCGGGGGCCUCCUCUGCUGCACAUGCCCCCCGCCCCAGAUCGACCGGCCCCGGGGACCGAGGCUGGGCUACUCUAUCCCCUCCCGCUCGGGCGCGUCUGGGCUGGACAAGAGGGACUAUGUGUGAGGUGCGUGUCCCCGGAAGCCUGCUGCUCAGAACCUCGACCUUGUGCCCGAUGCCCUCCUCUCACCCGUGCCUUCUCCGGUCAGCCCCCUGCCCCCAUCCCAGGUGAGACCCACUUUCCAGAUGCUUGAGCCGGGCCUGGUUGCAUCGAAACCCUCCUCAGCGGGGUCCCCACCUCCCCCCAGGCAGGGUACCCGGGCCUGCCCAGCUCCCCCAGGUUGCUUUUUUCUAAUGUCCAGGAUUCAGGAUGGCUUCAUCCAGACGGCAGUGGCUUCUCAUGCCCUCCCCAACCUGGAGUUCUGUAUUCGUCCCCUCUGGCAUGGCCACUGCCAGCAUCCAGAGGCCCAGGACAGGUCCUCUGGGAGCUGCCCAUUCCCUUCAGGCCGGGAGGCGCAGGCGCACCUCACCCCCACCCCACCUUCCAGGAGGGAAUAAAUAGAGCAUUU